AUGCAAUCCACUGCAUGGACGUGCACGUGCACGUGCAUUCUGCCAUCUAACCCUCUCCUCCUUCUCCCUCCCUCUGCCUCCGCCCCACCUUCCCCCGCCUUCCUCCCCUGCCUCCCCCCAACCUCUUCGCACUUUCCUCCCCGUCCCACCUUGCUGUCCUAUGCAGUGGGUGCGCAUAAUGCCAAUCACUCUUCCCCCUCUCUCCCCUGCCUCCACCUCACCUCUUUCCCACUUUCCUCCCCUCCCUCACCCCAAUAUCCACUGCAGUGGCUCAACUCCACUCCACUGCACUGCUGUCUUCCCAACGCCCUAACCUUUCCUCUCCGCUCCCCCUCUCCAUCCCUCCCAGUGUGGGCUGGGAAGCAACGAGCAGUACGACUUGGAACAGGCCAUCGGCGCUGCCCUGCACACCAUCCACUCUUCCGCUUCCCCGUUUCACCUCUCGCCCCUUCCCCCUCCCCUCCCUCCCCCCCGUUCCCCUCCCAGUGUGGGAAGCAACGAGCAGCACGACUUGGAACAGGCCAUCGGCGCUGCCCUGCACACCAUCCACUCUCCCACUUCCCCGUUUCACCUCUUUCGCCAACCCCCCUUUCCCCCCUUCCCAGUGUGGGAAGCAACGAGCAGUACGACUUUGAGCAGGCCAUGGGCGCGGCGCUGCACACCAAGCCAUUCACCUUCGACCCCUUCCUCUCCGCCAACGCCACUGCUCACAUGCUCGCCCUCCCCUUCCUCCACUUCCACCAAAUCGCCAUCGCCGGCGCCGCAAGCCUCGAAAAUUUCCGAGACCAAAACCCCGGAAUCACCUUUAUGACUUUAAAGGAGGCGAUGGAGAAGCUAGGGCAUGAGUAUGUGGAUGUGCUGAAAAUGGACUGUGAGGGGUGUGAGGAGGAGUUUACCAUGGGGCUGAAGAGGGAGACUGAGGAGUUUGUGGAGAGGAGGAGGAGGGAGGGGGGGGCGUUGACGGAGGAGGAAAUGGAGGGGAAGAGGAGGGGGAGGGGAGAUGCGAAGCUGGUGAUAAACGGGGGGAAUCUUCUGUUUGGGCAACUGCUGGUGGAGUUUCACGCGUGA